CAACAGGCAAGUGCCAGGCAGUCAGUGAAUAGAAAUUAGGAUAGUGUUUCUGUUAAUUUGUAAUGAUAAUUUUAAAAUCCUCAGAGGAAGUUAAUUUUUGUUUCUCAAGCUAGCUUUCAUCAUGGGCUCUUCACAGAGUCUUGAAGUACCGGGUGGAGGUUCUGAAGGAUAUCAUGUUUUGCGGGUUCAAGACGGUUCUCCGGGUCAAAAAGCGAGACUAGAACCGUUUUUUGAUUUUAUCGUGUCAAUAGAAAAUACUAGACUAGAUCAAGAUAACGAAACAUUGAAGGAGUUAUUAAAACAGAAUGUUGAUAAAAACAUUAAAAUGCAUGUUUAUAGUAGUAAAACUCAAUCAGUGAGAGAAGUAUUGAUUACACCUUGUGCAAACUGGGGUGGUGAGGGUCUUCUUGGUGUCAGCAUACGAUUUUGCUCAUUUGAGGGUGCAACUGAAAAUGUUUGGCAUAUUUUGGAAGUUCACCCAUCAUCUCCGGCAGAACUAGCAGGAUUAAGACCAUUUUCUGACUACAUAAUUGGUGCAGAUUCAAUUAUGCAUGAAAGUGAAGAUCUAUUUACUCUGAUUGAAGCUCAUGAAGCGAGACCUCUUAAGCUGUAUGUUUAUAAUGUUUCUGAGGAUAUAUGUCGUGAAGUUGUUAUAACACCAAACCAUAAGUGGGGAGGAGAAGGUAGUCUGGGCUGUGGAAUUGGAUAUGGAUACCUUCACAGGAUUCCCAUUCAAUAUGAAGCAAACAAGGCAUCAAAGAUGGCCAAGCCUUUUGAGGAGAUACCACAAAAACAAGCUAGUGGUUUAGCAAAUGUUAAUGUAUCUACAAAUAUUCAAGCACAAAAUGUUCAGGUUCCCCCACCAUUUUUGUCUGGAGUACCUAUGGUGAAUCCAGGAAUAAGUAAUCCUGUGGGUACAAAUGCACCAAUAAAUGUUGAACCACAAACAUCAAUUCAGCCAACAAUGUCACAACCUUCAUCUGUAGUAUCUAAUAUACCACCCUAUUCUACAAAUUUUGCUGAUACAACACUAAUGAACUUAGGCAGCAUCCCAUCUGUAUCCAAUAUACAGCCACCUGCUCCAUUGCCAAGCUUGCCAGGCAUUCCCAUGAACCAGCCACAGCCAUAUAUUCCAAUCAUGCCUAGCUUCACCCAAAACCAGGAUCCAUCAUACCCUCAGACUUCUGCAAAUCUGGUACCAACAUUUGAUAUGAGUAGUUUUAAUGUUCCAAUACAGCCCCCGCCGUUAGUAGGUCCCACGGGGCUGCCUGUUGUGACCCCAGUUUCUCUCCCUGGUAUGCCCUCGAUAACUGUUAGUGCCACUUUGCCGGUAACGACAAUGCAAGAAAUACAUCAACAACAAGCCUAUCAACAACAAGACUUACUAUCGUAAAAAUUGACAUGUUAUUAAAGAUAUAAUUCAGAUUUGUAUAAAAAUAUUUAUAGCUUUGUAUAUAAUUGAUACAGUUGACCCAAAUAGUUGAAUCAAUUUUAAUUUCUUUUUAUUGCUUUGAGUCAUUGUAUGUAUGAGGAAUAUUUUGGGCCAUACUGUAUGGUAAAAAUUUAAAAGAUUAUUUAGCAUUUUUAUUAUUUUACAUCAGACAUUUCCAGAUGUUUCAUAUACUUAUAUUAUAUUUGUUUUCCAUUUAUUUGUAUUAAUAAGUUUAAUUUAGGUUGA